UGACAAAGAUUAUUUCACACUAACAGAAAGAGAGAAGUCAGAGAACUUAGCUAUAUAAUAUAGAGAGGCUUUGGCACUAAAGAACUUCUAAUACCACAAAUAUGAGCUACGACUCGGAUGUUGCUGCUGCCACCACAGGGCGGGACACUGACUGGGAUAAGAUUAUAAAAUUAUGCGACAGAAUAAGAGAGUCCUUUGGAUCGGCAGCUAUGGGGUCGGCGUUAGGUUCUGUAAUGAGACGAAUAAAGCACUCGGAUCCCAAUAUUCAAUGGCAGGCAAUUAAUCUGCUAGAGGCGUGUGUUAGUAAUUGUGGUAAGGAUUUCGAAUUGGAACUCUCCAAACCUUCAUUUCAUUCGCAAGUGAAGGACAUUCUAACAUCACGUACAGUAGAUCAAAGGUCAGUCCAUAGGUUAAAGACGCUGUUAGCAACUUGGGCGGCUGAUUAUAAGGGAAACUCUCAAAUGAGUGGUUUCAAUAGCUUCAUAGAGCAGUUAAUACGUGAUGGUCUCAUUGUAUUACAGGGCAAUCAACCAACUUCUAGUACUGCUGGAUUCGGUGCACCUUCGAUGUACAGCUCUGUGUCGCCUCCUCAGAGAACAAGAGAAGAUGAUGAUUUGCAAAAAGCUAUAAGAUUAUCACUUGAAGAGGCUCAGUCUAAAUCAAGUCCUUCAAUGUAUCCAACCUUCUCUGACUCGCCUCCAACACACCAUCCACUACCAGCUUCUUCCUCCGCCAAUCUGACCAGUUUUAAUGUGAGGGCAAUUUAUGAUUUUGAGGCCGUCGAAGAUAAUGAGUUGUCCUUUAAAGCUGGAGAGGUCAUCAAUGUUAUAGAUAACAGUGACGAGAACUGGUGGAAAGGGAAGACACAAUUAGGUACUGGCCUGUUUCCGGCUAAUUUCGUAUCACCUGAUCUCAGCGCCUCGCCCGAACCAGUUCGGGGCGAACAGAAAGCUACUGGUAAUAAUAAUAAUAAUACUAAUAAUGGAGGUGUGACAGAAGGGGCAGGGUCAGGGAGAGGAGCAAAAGCUAAAGUGACUGAAGUGAACGAGACUCAAGUGGAUCUGUUGCUGGACAUGCUCAAGAAUGCCGACAUCAGCAGUGAGAACCCAGAAGAACUUAAAACUCUAAACGAAUUAGAAGCUGAAUGUAAGUCUAUGAAACCAAUUGCCGAGAGUAACAUUGAAGGAUAUGACAAACAACUAAUGGAUAUGAAUGAAGUCAGUGAAAAACUUCAACAAGCUCUAUCCACUUACAGACGAUUAUUGCAAGAGAAGCCUCGCCUAUUACACAAAGCCACACCCCCUGAGGCCCAGCCCCCACCCUAUCAGUACAAUACAGGAGAGACGGAGGAUUAUUAUGCUCCGCCCCCUCCAGACGUGACGGGUACCUACCACGGGUCCUUUAAUGUAGGAGGGGGUGGGUAUAACCCUCCGUAUGGAACCGGAUAUCAUCCACCCACUCAAACUGGGGCCUAUGCCCCACCCACUAAUGAUGUUGCCCCGCCCUCUUUCAGUUCCUAUCUACCAUCAUUGCAGCACCAGGGUCCGCCUCCUAGUCAUCAGGCCCCACCCACUAAUUAUCAGUUUAAUGGCUAUGAUCAACAACAGCUUCAAGGAGGAGGAGGAGCUUAUGCUCCGCCUACUCAUGAGGUUCCCCCACAUCAUCUAUCACCUAAUAUGAGAUCACACCCACCAAACAGGAGUCCUCCAAUGUUUCAUCACCAGAUGGUAGGAGGGGGCGGGGCCCCAACAGCCGCUCCUAACACUCUUUGGAUGAAUUCACCACAAGCACAACCUUUGCUCUAAGUAUUGUUUAACGAUAAUAAUAAUUAAUAAUAAUUAAUGAUGAUCGAUAAUUUAGUCAGCUAUAAACUGUCGUAUACUUGUACUUAUAUUUUAAUUACAUUACCUAUUGUUAAUUAUUAUUGAUUAUCAUUGUCAAUUAUUAUUAAUUUCUCUUGUUGAUUGACUGUACUAUUAUUACAUCCUCCAUUUUAAAUUAUUAUUGACGAUCUUAUAUCCACACUGGCCUGUUCUGUGUACUACUGUAUAUUGCAUCAACUGGACGAAUAGUUACAACAAAUAAUUAUUAUGUAUGCAAAAUAAUUUGUAAGUAUUUAUUAUAGUAAGAACAUUACGUG